UCUCCUAGAACUGAUAACCCUGACAACCCAACCCAGUCAGUGAACCCACUCCAAAAAUAAAGAAGAAAAAAAAGUUAAACCUGACGCACACAAACGCUAGGGAAAUUAAAAUCUCUCCUUCCCCUGUCGGCACUUCUUUGCUUCUGUGUGUGUUCAAGUAUCUCCCUUCCAGCCCAGAAAGGCAAAAAAAAUCGGAACUGUUCUUUAAUAGCUUUAUUAGAUUAGAUUAGAUUAGAUUAGAUUAGAUGAAGGGGAGUGAAUAAUCGAAAAACCUGAGAGAAGGCCACAAUGUCAAUCUUGAGGUUCUUGAUGAAACAGGAUCUGAGAUACCAGAGAAGGAUUUUUAUACUCUCAUUGCUCUGUCUCUCCAUUUUUGCUUCUACAGUUUUAGUCUAUGAUAGACUUAGAAAUCUUACCCCUUCUGCUGCACACAAUGUACUUAUUGAGGAUUUAUCCAGUAUUAAAUACAGGUCUGAAGCUCUGAAGGUGAACUUGAUCCAACAGGAAACCAGCCAAGGAUUGAAAGUUGUGUACAAAGAUGGGGAAUUUGAUUCUGCAGUUGGUGAGGAUUCUUCUGAUGAGAAUUUAAAGCCUGAGGACAGUAGAAGUGAGAGUCUUUGGAAAGGAGAUGUUAUUGGAUCUGAUCAUGAUGGCGGGAAUGAUAAUCAGUGGAGUCAACAGAAGAAUGUCUCAACCUCAACCUCUUCUGGAGGAAAGCAGGAUAAGUCCACCGAAACAACUGAACAACUUGCGAAACCUUCCAAGAUUCAGAGAGUAACUGACAAGAAGAUAAGAGAGGUGAAAGAUCAAGUCAUUAGGGCUGAGGCUUAUCUGAAUUAUGCACCUCCAAACAUCGAUCCUCACUUAGUGAAAGAGCUUAAAUUGCGGAUAAGAGAGGUAGAAAGAACAGUGGGUGAAGCCACCAAGGAUUCUGAGUUAUCAAGGAGGGCUUUGCAGAAAAUGAGAUCCAUGGAGACUUCCUUAUCCAAAGCCAAUCAUAUUUGCACCGACUGCAAAGCCAUGUCAACAAAGCUCCGUGCUAUGACGAAUAAUAGAGAGGAACAGGCUAGGAGGCACAGGGACCAGGCAACAUAUCUUGUUCAUCUGGCUGCCAGGACUACUCCAAAGGGUCUUCACUGCCUCUCCAUGCAGCUCACUGCUGAUUAUUUUUCCCUAGAUAAUAAGGAGAGGAAGCUCUCUAACAGGAAUGAAAAAUUUCAUGACCAAGAUCUCUAUCAUUAUGUUGUUUUCACUGACAAUGUCCUCGCGUGUGCAGUGGUGGUUAACUCCACUGUAGCAUCAUCCAUGGAACCAGAAAAAAAUUAUUUUCAUGUGGUGACUGAUUCCCUCAACCUCCCAGCAAUUACAAUGUGGUUCUUGUUGAACCCUCCUGGUAAAGCCUCUAUAGAGAUUCAGAGCAUGGAAAAUUUUGAAUGGAUGUCAUCCAAGUACAAUUCAGCAUUGGAAAAGCAAUAUUUUCAGUCUCAGGACCCGAGAUAUGCUUCAGCGCUGAACCUUCUCCGUUUCUAUCUACCAGAGAUCUUCCCUAAUUUAAAUAAGAUUGUUUUACUUGACCAUGAUGUGGUUGUGCAGAGGGAUUUGAGAGGGUUGUGGAGAGUUGAUAUGAAGGGGAAAGUAAAUGCAGCAGUGGAGACUUGUCGAGAAGGUAGCCCAUCACUCCGGUGGAUGAAACAAGUAAUUAACUUUUCAGAUCCAUUCAUCUCAAAGAGGUUUGAUGCCACAGUAUGCACAUGGGCAUUUGGUAUGAAUGUUUUUAAUCUACAAGAAUGGAGGAGACAAGACCUGACCACUGUCUACCAUGAGUACUUACAAUUGGGUAACAGUAAACAGUUAUGGAAGAUGGGUAGUUUGCCUUUGGGUCUGGUCACCUUCUACAACAGAACAAUCGCUAUAGAUCCAAGAUGGCAUAUCCUUGGGCUCGGCCAUGGCUUGGGUGUGAGGAGGAGUGAGAUAGAACGGGCAACCGUGAUCCACUACGAUGGAAACAUGAAGCCAUGGCUGGAUAUUGCAAUUGAGGAGUAUAAGGGCUACUGGAACAAGUAUCUCAAUUAUGAUCACCCUUACUUGCAAAACUGCAACAUCCAUGAGUGAUUCUCAUGUUAAUAUCUGAUCAAACUAAAUGGGCAUUUUGGAAAAUUGACAAAUUGUAUAUCACUUUUUUCUUUUCUAUUUUUAGCUUUGAGGGUGGGGAAAGGGAUUAUGACAUA